AGAGUUUUGUUAGAUCUCAAAAUCGGCCAAAUCAGCCAUGAGUAAAACACAUCCGCCAGAGUUAAAAAAGUAAGUUUGUCCUUUGGAAAUUUCUUCGAAAGUUGAAGAUGUUAAUUUUUAUGUGUGAACGUCGAUUAAUGAUGUUUUCCCCACCUGAACUUAGUUGUCAUGUGCAAAGUGAACACUGGUAAACAGCAAGCUCGUGUGACAGUAAACGCUCCAUUGUUUAAUUUAUCUUGCAGCUGUUUGGUAGAAGAUAAUAUUAUAACUUAUUAUUACAAAAUACUGGCUCCAUCUUUUGCCUUCAUUUUCCUUUAGUAACUUAUUACUACAUUGUAAGUGGUGUGUCAACACCUGCCUGUCUCGUGCCUUUUUAUGUGUGCUUGAAGAUCUCAUAGCACAAGACUAAAGCUGAUUACGGCAUAUCUUUUUUUUCCUCAUUUCAGGUACAUGGAUAAAAGACUUUCUUGUAAGUGAACUGCAUGUUUUGUGAUUAAGUGUUGUAUUUGAUUCUGGCCUUACUUCUGUUUUGGCUUUCUUUUAUUUAUUGGUCUAAAUAUCUUGGUUGGUGCACGAUAUACCAAAUGAAUAGCAAGUCUCGAGUUAAGUCACAAAGAACACAACAAUGAUCCCUAGCCCUUGCACAAUAACACAAUAAAAUUGACGCAGUAGAAGGAGACAAUAGUGCAUAUAUUGACUUGGUAUAUUGAGCAUCACCCAAUAUCUUUAUCUUUAAGGGAAAAGACUUGAAAAUAGGGACUGAGUAACUGUGGUGGUAAGAUUUCCGUAUUAUCCCAUACAGUUAUUAUGCAUACAUGUUUCAACUCUACUCAUGUUAACUAUUUGUGAGAAAAAGUGUGAAAUUGCUGCAUGCAUAAUAAAUGUAUGGUGUUAUAAGGGAAUCUUGUCACUGUGGCUAAAGGAGCAGGGACUAAAUUAACAAUUUCUUGCCUGCGAGCAGGGCUGUCAAUUCCCCACAUCUUCAUUAAAUGUUGAGAAUUGAUAGGGAAGGGAUGACAGAUACAUCAUAGCACACAGCACAUGACAUCAUUUGUGCAAAAAAUACUCUUUGAGCUGAUCUACGUACAUACCCCAUAAAACAGUUCAUAUUAAGCAACAAAAUUGCUUAAAUUACAAUGGUCUAUUGAAGUUUAUGAGGAAACAUUCGCUGUUAAUAUUAAAAUAGCUCAAACAUUGUGUGAUUGCAGAAAAUAUCCAUACCCCCCCCCCCCCCCGGAAGUUCCUAAGGGGGCGGGGGGCCAAAGGGGAGAAAUUUCCGAGGGGGAUGGGGGGGGGCAACGAGAAGAAUUUUCCGCAGGGUUUUAAAAGAAGCGAUCAAACGUACGAGAAAAACUUAAAGAUAUGUGGAAAAUUUUUAUUUACCCCCCCCCCCCCCCCACGGAAGUUCCUAAGGGGUCGUGGGGCUAAAGGGUAGAAAUUUCCGAGGGGUAUGGGGGGUGCCAACGAGAAGAAUUUUCCGCAGUGUUGUAAAAGACGCGAUCAAUCGUACGAGACAUACUUAAGUAUAUGUGGAAUAUUUUGAUUUGUGGCACAACAAAAAUCAGAAAUAGAUGCCGUUUCGAGAAAAAACUUAAAGAUGUAACGGUUGGUCUGUCCAACGUUUGACCUUGAUGAAGUCUCUUAAAUAAUUAUCGUCCUUCAGCCAAAUCAAUCGCAAUUCUCGGUGCAAUUCUCAACAGGUCCCUUGCUUCUCCAGCGAUAAAUUUUAGCACAUCGAUUUAUAAUGUCGAACAUGUAUCUAGAUUGCGGACUCGAUUGCAGAUUAGUCUGAUAAAAACUGAGGCUAAUCGAGAACAAACGUUGUCUAUCUCGGCACUAUAUUUCUCGAGCUUCGUGUAAACAACUUUAUGCAAAUUUCGGUUGAGCUCAUCGCAACAAAGCGUUGCGUGACGACCCAAAUAACAACUUUGCUGUAUUUUAUUAUCGAUUUCUAAUAAAGUACCGUUGAAGGCAGUCUGUUUGUUGAACAGACUUCUCGCCAAAUCAACUUUUGCCCGAAAAUAUCAACGAUCUGUUUCUUCUUUGUUGAGGAGACUUUCGAUCACGUGCUAGGCGACGAAUUCACUGAUGUGCAUUUCUGAACAUAAAUCGAUGCAAAUAUGGGACGCAAAAUGAAUGUUUGCAUAUUUUGUUCUUUUAUAACCCAAAUAAGUUUUCUUGAAAUUCUUGAAAUUUGUUUAACUGCAAGCGUAAUUCAUUCAAAGUUAAAAUUAAUUACAAACAUCGACUUUGUAUUGACUUUAGCACCCGAGGCCGAACGCUAAACUUUGUUUGUAAGUUAGUUUUUUUAGUAGAUCCGUUUUAAAAUUUGAAUAUCGUCACAUAGUUUAAUGUUAAAUCAAUAGUUAACUUUGAAGUUAUGCUGUAAAUGUUGUGUUUGAGAUGAAACUGACUUAGACUACAUGGUACAUCAUUGAAACUUAAUUACAUUUUUGGGACCGGAAGCGAAAGAUUUACUGAUAAACUUUGCCUGUAAGAAGAUUCGUUUUGAAACUCGAAAAUGUUCACAUAGUUUUAUUUCAAUGAAUAGUUCAAAUUUGAAGUUAUGCUGUAAAUGUUUUCUUGAGAUGACAUAAACAUAUUAAUCUCUGUUUUCGUGCCUCGCCACCUGCCUCACGCGUUUCGCUGGGUGGACUAAUAAAAAAGAGAGACUGCUCAUUAUCAAGCAUGCUCUACCUGCGUAAGAAAUACAAAUUGCCUUGUAAAAGAUUACAAAUAGGUCAAAGAUUAUAAAAAACUGUGUCUUAAGAUGAGAACAGUUAAUUUUAAGCGGUACACAGUCGAUAAUCUCUAAAUGCGGCAAAUAAAGGCCUUGAAAAGGAAAAUAGGAAAUUCCUGGGGGGUGGGAGGUUAUACAUGCCCCUCUGGAACGGAAAUUCCGAGGGGGUGGGGGGGUCUUAUCGGAAGAACCAUCCGUGGGAGGGGUAUGGAUAUUUUCUGGAAUCACACAUUUCAAAAUUGUUGAAAUAUUAUUGUCAGAAAGUCGAGUCUUCAAUGAUUGUCCGGGAGAUUUCAUGAUUUAACCUGGAGACCGGGAGAUAUGGUCCAAAAUAUGGAGUUUCCUAGAUUAUUCAGGAGAGUUGACUGCACUGUCUGUUGGCUAUUUCAGAAAUUGGGUAUUGCAAUUAAACACCAACCCAGUCCCUAGCACAACCUUAAAGUUGCGAGAAAUCAGAUGGGUGUUUAAUGAUUUCACUUUCAAAUGGCCCAGAACCAUUUUUCAUUUCAUGGCUACUUCUUUUAGUACAAACGAAAUAGAGAAAAAACCCAAGCUAUACCUAACAGGAUACUUGCAUGCGCAAGAUGGAGCUGUUUUGCAAGCUUGGGAUGAAAAUGACCUUGUCUAGGCAGUCCUUGCAAAAUAUGGUCAUUGAAGUGUGGAUCAAGCUAGUGUAAAAUGUAACAAUAACCUUGAUUUCUUUCAGUAAAGCUAAAUGGCAGUCGACAUGUGACCGGUGUACUCAGAGGUUUUGAUCCAUUCAUGAAUCUUGUGCUGGAUGAAGCAGUGGAAGAAGUUUCAGCACAAGAGAAACAUAACAUUGGAAUGGUGGUAAGUCAAAGUCAUCCUGAUUUAGUCUUGUUAUCAUAACUCGUCUCAUCUCAGUGACACCUUUUGUGAUACUCAGACCUUGUCUUACUUCACAUUUCUGUUUUCAUUAAAAUGCAACAUCAAGUCAAAAGGGUGAAAGAACAGUUGUAUUCUUUAGCUUGGUCAUUCAUAAUUAAGGUGAAAUAAAGCAAACAAAAUGGAUCGAAAUCUACCAGUAUUAUUACAUGUAUAACCUACAGACUUGACCUUUAGAACCCCCUGAAGAUAACCCAUUUUUCUCUGAGAUACAAGAGUAUUGCAUUCACUUCUGAUUACAUAUCUUCAGAAUAUGUACAUUUUGUAAGUUCAGUAGCUUAGUAACAGGUGAUUGGAAACAAUGCCAAAAUACUAUUAUUAACACGGAGGUUUUGAAGUUUCUUUGUCAGUAUGAAAAGAGAGGGUUUAAAAAAAUGCUUCAGUGUGGACUGACCUUCCUUAAUGAACUUUGUUGGAGAAAGAAACUUUAAAAAACUGUUUCAUUUUCAUUCAACAAAGUUGUCAUUAGCUGGCAGUGAAAUUCUCUAUUCCUUUUUUUGUGUUAACGUUCUUCCGUGUCUCGUAAGUUGCCUAGCUAAACUUAAAAUGUUGCCCUUAGGCUCAGCAAAUUUGUAUUCUUUUUAGGUGAUCAGAGGAAAUAGCAUUGUAACAAUGGAAGCAUUGGACAGAAUAUGACGAUAAAACAUGGUGUUUAGUUUUCCUUUUUAUAUUAAUAAAAUUAUAGACCUGUAGUUUUUCUUUCAAUCAUUGUGGGCCUUUAAGUCCUUGUAAAUAUCUUUUUGUGCAUUUAUU